CGCUAUCUAGAGGUCAGGAGGAUCCACUUCAUUUUUCUGUAUGUCUACCUCCUCUCGCAACGCAAUGGCAUUAAAUGUCUGUCAAAGCUUUUAUAUGUUUUAGCUACUAAUUCGACUGGUAUAAAGGUGUAGAUUUCACACAAGAAUAACGUCAUUCGUGGUGUGCGCCGCGUCAAGGAUACAACCGUGACCGCGCACCGCAAAGAAAAGAAAGGCUGAAUGGCUGAGCCAGAGCUCCUGCUGGACUCCAACAUCCGAUUGUGGGUGGUGUUGCCCAUUGUCUUCAUCACCUUUCUUGUCGGCGUCAUACGUCACUAUGUGUCCAUUCUACUACAAAGUGACAAGAAGUUGACUUUAGAGCAGGUGUCAGACAGCCAAGUCCUCAUUCGGAGCAGAAUCCUCAGAGAAAAUGGAAAAUACAUUCCCAAACAAUCAUUCUUAAUGAGGAAGUUCUACUUCAAUAAUCAAGAAGAUGGAUUCUUCAAGAAAACAAAAAGGAAGGUUGUUCCGCCCUCACCAAUGACUGAUCCCAGCAUGCUGACAGACAUGAUGAAAGGAAACGUGACCAACGUGCUUCCCAUGAUCCUUAUCGGAGGAUGGAUCAAUUGGACCUUUUCAGGAUUUGUAACAACUAAGGUCCCCUUCCCUCUUACACUGCGAUUCAAGCCCAUGCUGCAACAAGGAAUAGAGCUGCUGUCACUAGAUGCUUCCUGGGUGAGCUCAGCAUCGUGGUACUUCCUGAAUGUCUUUGGACUGCGAAGCAUGUACUCAUUAAUCCUUGGCCAGGACAAUGGUGCAGAUCAGUCAAGGAUCAUGCAGGAGCAGAUGAGUGGGGCUGCCAUGGCCAUGCCUGCAGACACAAAUAAAGCCUUCAAGGCGGAGUGGGAGGCCCUCGAACUGACUGACCAUCAGUGGGCGCUGGAGAGUGUGGAAGAGGAUCUUAUGAGUAUGGAGCUGGACUUUGAUGGAAUGUUUAGCAAGGAACUGCCCACUGGUAUCUUCUGAGGCCCUGUUAGUUUUUCUGCUAGGGAGGCUUAAAUGCAGGGAUUAUUAUUAUUAUUUUUGAAACACUGAAACCAGACAAAUCCCUCCUUAUGCAAUGUUUACAUUCCUUUUUUUUGGUGUUUUUUUUUAAAUGAUUUUUUCCAAGUGGUACUAACUUUUCAUUACUGACUGAGAAUGUCUGGAGUAGACAAGUCAUAUUUUGUGGCAGUAUAGUAGAUUGUAAAUCACACUACUCCUAAAAGGUUUGGCAUAUUCCGCUCCUGGUUAACCUAAAAUGCACAACAACAUGAAGUUCUACCUAAACUCUUGAGGCCUGAAUAUACUUCAGCGAAUAUGUAUAAAAAGGCAUUGUAGGAAUGCAGACACUAUCGUAAUUGCAUUCUAAAUAGAAUUUGUUAGUAGUGAAUUGGGGGUUAAUUUUGCUAACUUCACUGUUUUAAAGUACCGGUAAUGUUUGAAAAAAUUUCUGUUGUCUAACAUCAAGCUGAAGUGCUUAAUAUACAACAUUUGUUUGAUGCACAAAUAAACUAGUAUAUUCCCGGAAUCAAUUGGAAUUGGAAUUUCAACAAUGUUAUCAGAUUUUUCCAAGCGAAAUACACAGACUGGAAGAAUGAGAGCAAGGCAAUGGAAACUAAUAGAUUUAUGACUCGUAUAUCAUAACUAAUAUUUGUUCAUUCAUCUUACAUCAGGAGUGUCCAAACCGGUCCUCAAGCGCCGCUAUGGGUCCUGGUUUUUGUUCCUACCAAUCGAGCACAGACAGUUUAACCAAUGAGGUUUCUGCUACAAUUAACUGAUUACACUUGUAAGACACCAGAUUGGUGCAAAUGUGUCAUCCUGUUUUGAUGGAAAGAAAUCCUGCAUCCACUGCGGCCCAAUGUGGAAUAGUUUGGGGGAUCUCUGUCUUACAUAUUGUUGCUACUUAGAUGCAGGGAUGCUGGACUAUCACAGCUGAAUUUGGGCAGGAGUCGGGUGCACCCUGAACUGGUUAAAGAGCAAAUUUAGACAAACAACCGCUCACAUUUACACCUAAUUAUACAGGAGUGUGGGAAAACAAACUCCACAUGGAACCUAGGACUGAACCCUCAUAAUGUGGGAUCAUGUACUAACUGGUCAUACACCGUGCCACUCUGUAACCAACAACUGGUAUUAAUUUUGCCGUUCAGCUCCUUGACAACAAGUUAUGCAAAUGUAUUGAACAGACACAUGCAUUGAAAUGUUUAAAGAAGGUCUAAUUAAGUGCAGCUUUAAAAAAAUGUAGUGCAUUUUGGGUUCAUCCUAAAGUUUCAGCUGAGUCGCUGGACAUCAAAAACUUUUUGUGAGUAGUGUAUAUAAUAGUAAAGCCUGAAAAGUAAUGUGAACAACUUGCUUCAUAUUUUAUCAUAUUUCAUGUGUAGCCAAUGUUGCUAUUUUCAUUUGCACCAUCAGGUUCUAAGUACAGCUUUAGUCUCUGGAUAAUGUAUGAUUUAACAAUUCAACCACUCUUUGUUAGAUUGUUAAAGAACUGACUACUUGUUGGCAUAAGAUCCAGUUAGUGUAUUUUUGGGGGGGGUAUAAAAUUCAUUUUGUUUUGUAACCUUCCUGUGUUUGUUUUGUACAGUAAAAUACGUUUUGACUAAACAACUGGUUUCAUUUGUUACAAUUAAAGAUAAUAAU